AUGGACAGCCGGUCAGCUACGGCGGAACCAAACCAGACCUACCAACCAGUCAACCCCUGGGGUCGCAUCAGCGUUCCCUCGACACCGCGAACCCCAGCUGCCUCCACGUCGGGCUCGAGUUCUUUCACCGACGCCACCUCGGCCGCCAGUCCGUACCCUCCAGCAUAUGACCUGCUGCCCCUGCUGGUAUCGCAACACCAGGCGCAGCUGUUGCAGUACAACAAGCUCAUCUCUCCCGGCAGAGGAGGCGGAGGGUUGCAGAGUCCACCUCUCCCGAGUGCGCUCCCCGUGCCCAAUAUACAGGCAGCGCCACGGUCGAGAUCCUCCUCCAAAGUGUCGAACAAGGAAGGUCACAGCGUCAAGCAGUCUCCUGCACCGCAGAGCUGCCAUGGGACAAGAGGGCCCAAAAGCACAGACAGAUCAGAACGUGAGGGCAUGACAAAGGGGAAGGACACGGACAAGGAAACACCUCGCAAGAUGCCUCCAAAGCAACAGCCUGAUCUCGCCCACCCCCUCCCCUCCCGGCCACCGCCUCGAGCGAACCCCGCCCAGCAAUCGACGAGCAGCUCUACACAGUCUAUCUCUGUGCCAUCGACGCCGCAUCAACGGCCGCGGAAUUUCUUCGAAGAGUCCGAGUCCCGUGAGCCCUCCCCGACCGUCGCGCAAAAUCAUUCCCCUCGAUCAGCAUAUUCAGAACCGAAUGGCGGUGCUGCCUCCAUGCCGCUGCGCCCUUUUCCCAAACCUUGUCAAUACGAGACCGCAUCUAGGCAUUUCCGGAGGCGCAUACCUUAUAGUAUAGGGUCAGAUAGGCUGGAACGGGUAGACUUGGACAAGGUGAAGAACAACUUGUCUAAAGAUGAGGAGCGGAAAUUGUCAACCGAUAUGCGCGAGCUAUACGACAGGUUAUUGCCAUCGGCCGAAGUCGAAGAGAAUCGCAAAAAGCUGGUUCAGAAGCUUGAACAGAUCUUCAACGACGAAUGGCCUGGUCAUGAAAUCCGGGUCCACCUCUUUGGCUCCUCGGGUAACCUGCUGUGCUCGGACGACUCUGACGUUGAUAUAUGCAUCACGACAGACUGGAAAGAAAUGGAGGGUGUUUGCAUAAUAGCUGACUUGUUAAAGAAGCGCGGCAUGGAACAAGUGGUUUGCGUUUCCACCGCAAAGGUCCCCAUUGUGAAAAUCUGGGACCCUGAGCUCAAGUUGGCCUGCGACAUGAACGUCAACAACACCCUAGCACUUGAGAACACUCGCAUGGUUCGUACCUAUGUGGAAACUGACGAGCGUGUCCGGCCACUCGCCAUGGUCAUCAAGUACUGGACACGGAGGCGAGUCAUCAACGAUGCUGCCUUCAGCGGGACGCUCAGCUCCUAUACCUGGAUAUGCUUGAUCAUUGCGUUCCUCCAAGUCCGCCAACCGCCCGUUCUACCCUCUUUACACCAGUGUCCGACCAAAAAGCUACCCACGACAAAUGGUCACAAGACUGAUUUCGCAGAUGAUUUGACCCAGCUGAGAGGUUUCGGUGACAAGAACAAGAGCACUCUGGGAGAACUGCUGUUCCAGUUCUUCAGGUUCUAUGCUCACGAGUUCGACUACGACGAAAUGGCGAUAUCGGUGCGGCUCGGCAAAUUGGUUCCCAAGAAGGAGAAAAACUGGCAAGUUGGGAACGGAAAUCAGAACCUCUGUGUCGAGGAGCCUUUCAACCGAGAGCGUAACCUAGGAAAUACCGCGGACGACUGGUCGUUUCGUGGCAUCCACCUGGAGCUUCGACGCGCCUUUGAGCUGGUAGCGGAAGCAAAGUUGGGCGAAUGCUGCGAGCAGUUCGUCCAACCCAAGGAAGAGCCAACCGAACCCAAGUUGUUUACAAAGCCGACGUCGCGUCCAGCCAUUAUCCGCAGCUCAUCACAGCAGAAUUCAGGAAGAGGCGGGCGGAACGGUGGCAACAGAGGCAACCGUAACCAUUUUCGCAACGGCAAUAGCAGUCGGAGGGCUUCAUCAAGCAACGCCUACGACAACACGCAGAACCCCGGCGCGUUCCCCCAGCCUGGUGUCAUGCCGAACGGGUUGAUGGCUCAAGACCUGCAGUGGAGCCAAUUUGCGCAGCAUUACCAGUACCCUGAAAAUAUGGCAAUGCUAAGUAAUGCCUUGCAAAUGCAGGAUCGGCUGAACUGGUAUACACAUUACCAGCUUACGGCGCAUCAGCAAGCUGUGGCGCAUGCCCAACGCAUGCAAGCCGGCUCCACGCAGGCUGGUGAAAGAUCACGGACAAACUCGUUCGACCAAGCGCCGCCACUGACCGCUCCACCCCGGCCGGAACAUUAUGUAUGGCCCCUUCACCUCCAGCCCGCGUUUUACCAUCACCACGCCGGCUAUGGGACCUACCCCAGCUCGCCUUCCGCGCCAACCGCAGCCCCCGAGUUUAGGAGAAGCCUGCAUAGGUCAAGCGCGGCGAGUGAGGUUGGUGGCUCGUCCGGUGGCGGUACACUGAGAUCCCAGUCUCAGCCAGCAUCUCGAACACCGGCGCCCGCCAAUAAAGCGGUUCAAGGUUCUGGAACGCCAUCCCAAAUGGUCAACGGUGUGUCGAACCAUGCGCCUCGCCAGUCAAACCUCAUUCCCUUCCCAGGACUCGCCUCGGAUGACAGGACGGACUCGGAGGUAGAAGAAGGAUCAACCAGGACGGUACCCGACUCUCCGCCAGAGGAAGAUGGUGCUGGAUAUCUUGGCUACUUCGUCGCUGAUUCUUCAACGCCACCUCGUCGGCCAAUGCAAGCAGUUCCUCCUCUCAAUGAUGUGGGGCUAAGUAGCAUAAACCGCCGCAGGCUGUCUACCGAGGGACCUCAGUCUGUUCUUGACCGGCGAUUACAGAGGACGUCCAGAUCUCCAUCCCCGCUCGGACAUGGUAGGACCUUCUCCGGGACGAACUCGGCCCCAAUCGCUUCAGCGCCGUUCUCGCAAAGCAGCAGUCGGACCUCCAAGGAUACCACGCCGUUGGUUGUGAAUGGUUCAACCUUCAUGCCGCCUUCUGCCAUGCCAUCGAGCUGGGUACCCACAGGUGAUGAUUCUGGAUUCGACAACCCACUGCGAAUUAGUCAAGUUCCAGGGGCCAACAAUACCAUGAUUCCUGAGCCCUCUAGCUCGCAAUCUGCAAUGACAUCAGAACCAGGCUCGACAGGUCUGGACCGUCCGCUUGUUGUCAACGGCUCUACGCAAUGCCACAUUCUGCCUCAUUCCCAAGCUCAAUUGCAGUCUUUCGGACAGCGGAUGGCAGCAACGCAGGGUCCCAACGGUGCGCCUUAUGCCGCAUUUUUUGGGGACAAAUUCCAGGGCUAUGGAAAAAUGUCAGAGCUAAGUCGCCAGAGGUUAGCAGUACGGAACCAGCAGGCCGGUAUUUCACCGCUUGACUUGGCUAUUCCAAAUCCAAUGAUGCCCGAGUCGCAGCACUUGUCACCAGUCUAUGAGAAUCGAACACCUUCACCGACAGUCCGGCGACGAUGGGAAGCUUCAGCGAGCCACGGGAGGAUGGUCAUGCCUGGACAGACCGCGGGCUCCUCAGACGACUCUCUACGAGAACAAACGACCAAAGCCUUGCAUAGGUCUCUCGGGGCCAAUGGUGUCACGAAUGGUGGUGACAACGGUCCUUUGCCUACCACGCGACCGAACGGUUCUGCGCUGCAAGAGAGCGCCCCCCUCCGUGCAGCCAAGGGCGAUUCCGAGAAUGCGAGCGGAUGGCAGAAGCAGAAGUCUCGCAAGAAGCAAGCAGAGGUCAAGAGCACGACGAAGACAGGUUCUCAGAGCGAGAAACCCCCAAAGAACGACCUGGAACGGAAGGGAGGAUGA